GGGACAUCAGCGCGUGCCGGGGCGGCGGCGGGCAGCCAGGCAGGAUGCGGCGCUUCCAGGCUUUGCACCGAUCUUUCCCUUUCCUCACCCGCUUCCGCCUCUACCGAAGGCUGAGCUGUAGCAUGCAGGCGGAGGAGGGCACGGACUGGCUGCUGGAGCUGCUCACUGAGCUUCAGCUGCAGCAGUACUUCCUGCGCAUCCGGGACGAGCUCAAUGUCACACGCCUCUCCCACUUCGAGUACGUCAAAAAUGAGGAUCUGGAGAAGAUCGGCAUGGGACGCCCUGGCCAGCGGCGGUUGUGGGAGGCAGUGAAGCGGAGGAAAGCCAUGUGCAAGCGGAAAUCCUGGAUGAGCAAGGUGUUCAGUGGGAAGCGCCCAGAGUCGGAGCUGCCACCCCAGCCCCAGAGUACUUUCCGCAAGCCCCCCACACCACCACCCCCCGAGGCUGGGGGCCAACACUCCCUCACCUGCCUUGUGCGGGAGCGGGACCUCUCGAUCUUUGAGAAGCUGGGUGACGGCUCCUUCGGCGUCGUGCGUCGUGGAGAGUGGUGCACGCCUGCCGGCAAGACGCUGAACGUGGCAGUGAAGUGCCUCAAGACAGAUGUGCUGAGCCAGCCAGAGGCACUGGAUGACUUCAUCCGGGAGGUGAAUGCCAUGCACUCCCUGGACCACAGGAACCUCAUCCGCCUGUAUGGUGUGGUGCUCUCCCACCCCAUGAAGAUGGUGACAGAGCUGGCCCCGCUGGGCUCCCUCCUGGACCGACUGCGGAAGAACCAGGGCCAUUUCCUCAUCUCCACUCUCUGCCAGUAUGCCAUCCAGGUGGCCAAGGGCAUGGCCUACCUGGAGUCCAAGCGCUUCAUCCACCGUGACCUGGCCGCCCGCAACAUCCUGCUGGCUUCCAAUGACCUCGUCAAGAUCGGGGACUUUGGGCUGAUGCGGGCCCUGCCAAAAAACGAUGACCACUAUGUGAUGCAGGAGCACCGCAAGGUCCCCUUCGCCUGGUGUGCUCCUGAAAGCCUGAAGACACGCACCUUCUCCCAUGCCAGCGACACCUGGAUGUUCGGAGUGACCCUCUGGGAGAUGUUCACUUAUGGUCAGGAGCCUUGGGUAGGCCUCAACGGCAGCCAGAUCCUGCACAAGAUAGACAAGGAGGGUGAGCGGCUGCCACGUCCUGAGGACUGUCCCCAGGACAUCUACAACGUCAUGCUGCAGUGCUGGGCACAUAAGCCCGAGGACCGACCCACCUUUGUGGCCCUGCGGGACUUCUUGGUGGAGGCCCAGCCCACUGACAUGAGGGCACUGCAGGACUUUGAGGAGCCUGACAAGCUGCACAUCCAGAUGAAUGACAUCAUCACGGUCAUCGAGGGCAGGGCCGAGAAUUACUGGUGGCGGGGUCAGAAUAAACGGACCCUAAAAGUGGGCCAAUUUCCCCGAAACACGGUGACCUCGGUGGCAGGGCUGUCAGCCCACGACAUCAGCCAGCCGCUUAAAAACAGCUUCAUCCACACAGGCCAUGGAGACACCAACCCGCAGCACUGCUGGGGGUUUCCCGAUAAAAUUGAUGAGCUGUACCUGGGAAAUCCCAUGGACCCUCCUGACAUUUUAGGUGUGGACCCGAGUGCUGCCAGACCCACACAGCUUCCAGGCAGGACUAAAAGGCAGCCACCUCCACGCCCGCCUCAGCCUACCGUCCUGCUAACCAAGCCUUGCUACGACCCAGUGAGUGAGGAGGAAGAGGGUCUGCCAGGGGGUCUCCGGAAGCUCUGCCUGAAGAAGACAGGCACAGGGAAGGGUCUGCGACCAGUCAAACCAUCAGCACGGGUACCAGGCACCAAGGUGGGCGAGCGGCAACCCGGACGGCUGGCAAGCGAGGGGCCGGCGGGCAGCGAGGUGACACUCAUCGACUUUGGGGAGGAAGUGCCCCAAGGUACCCCCUCUCCAGUGGGGGAGCUGACAGCCCCAUCAUUAGCCAAGCUGGCCAUGGAGGCCUUCUCUUUGCUGGACAAGACCCCACCGCAGAGCCCCACGCGGGCUCUACCCCGGCCUCUGCACCCCACGCCGGUGGUGGACUGGGACGCCCGCCCCUUGCCCCCACCCCCUGCCUAUGAUGACGUGGCGCAGGACGAGGAUGACUUUGAGGUGUGUUCCAUCACCAGUCCCCCGAGCCGGCGGGGCAAGACCAACUAUGGCUUCGUGGAUGAGGGUGAGCGGGGACCGGUGCUGGAGGACAACCUCUUCCUGCCCCCCAAGGAGACCAAACAGCCCAGCAUGACACAGACCACUGAGCUCUUUGAGGAGCUGCAGCAGGAGUGCAUGAAGAGGCUCAAUGUCCCCUUGGGACCGGCUGCCCCUGCUGAUGACAAGCCCCAAAUCCCACCCCGUGUUCCAAUCCCACCCCGGCCCCUUCGCCGCAAUGAGCCUGGGCGCUGGUCAGGGGACCUUUCCCCAGCCUCAGGGGGUGAGGAAGACCGGCCACCCCAGAUUCCCCCCCGGGACCCACUGUCGCAGCCCACCUCCCGGACACCCAGCCCCAUGGCUCUGCAGGUGGGCUCCCCACAGCAACGUGCUGCCCUCUGCUCCUGCCUUUCCACCUCACCAGGGAAGCCUAUGCCUACCACGCAGAGCUUUGCCCUCGACCCCAAGUACGCCACUCCCAAGGUCAUUCAGGCACAGGGCAAGGACUGCUCCAAGGGACCCUGCAUCCUGCCCAUUGUGAAGGAUGGGCAGAAGGUCAGCAGCACCCACUACUACCUGCUGCCUGAGCGCCCUGCCUACCUGGACAAGUAUGAGAAGUUUUUCAAGGAGGCUAAAAGCCCAGAGGAGGUACCAGCAUCCCGCCAGGUCACCACAGCCACCGUCCGUCCCAUGGUGCAGCAGCCACUGCCAGACUGCAAGGCCAACUUUUCUUCCAAUAACAGCAAUCCUGGGCCCAAGUGCCUGGUGAAAGCCUCUUGCAGCCUCCAGAAGAUUGUCUACGAUGGGCCAGAUGUUUGCCGUCCCGCUGAAAAGAUCCGGCUGGUGCAGGACAUGGUGCACGGUGUGACCACCGACGAGUGCCAGGCAGCCCUGCAGAACCACGGCUGGAGUGUCCAACGGGCCAUCCAGUACCUGAAGGUGGAGCAGCUCUUCUGCCUGGGGCUGAAGUCCCGUGGCGACUGCCAGCGGGUGCUGGAGAUGUUCGACUGGAACCUGGAGCAGGCCAGCUCCCACCUCCUUGAUCCCUACAGCACCGCCCGCCAGAAGUGGUGACAGCGGGGAUGGGGUGAGUGGUGUCAGAUCCAGAGAAGGCACCUCACCACGGGGCCAGUGCUCCCGCCUCCACCCACACAACCUGCUGCUGGACUCUGGACUGAGCCCCCACUUUGGGGGUGGGGACACCCCAAAAGGGACCCUGCCCCAGACUUGCUGGGGUGCUUAUGCCCUGGUUUGGGCAAAUGGGCUCUGUCCCCUGGCCUCUUGUUGAAUUGUUUUUGUAAAGAGAAAUGUAAUUUUAAUAUAUAUUAUGUAUAUAUAUAAAAGUAUUCUAUGGA